AUGGGGCUUGCGGGCAGGCUCGACGCAGAGCGCUCAUACACAGCAUCCGGAGGGACUGUGGACACGGUCAUCGAGACGGAGAGCCAGUCGGACGUCGUCGAGCUGGACCUGACGUCCAAGUUUGUCGUAUCCGGGGAGCGCGGUCGCGGCGCGCCAGACAACCUUCAUGAGACGGUCAUGGAGCUCAUUCAGGCUGAUUUCACACCGCACGAGUCGAGGCAUUUGCAUGGCAAAGUGCGCUUCAUUCUGAAAGCUAGAAUUGAGGGAUAUGUGAGCAAGUAUCGCAUUCUGGUACCACGCUCGGCGGACGCAUAUAUCGUGGCAGGUAAGACUGGCCCUUCAUACGUGAGUACCUUCGCGGAGCGCGGGGCGCGGAGGCACAUGCGCGCGUACCUCACAAUUUAG